AUGACGAGACACCAGAAAAAGGUGAUGAAAAGCAUGGUCCAGUUAGUGAAGAAGGAACUCAAGAAAGUUGCCGAUCCAAACAAGGCCAAGGUCAUGCAGGGAUAUUGCAAGACCACCAUGCCCAUGUACGGCAUUCAAAAACCCGACAGGGCCACUGUGGAAAAGCAAAUGCAUGCCCAUAUCAAACUGCAAACACCACCCGUGGUGGAUCGAGCAUUUUACCAAUCCUGCAUUGAAACACUGUGGGCACUUCCACAUCGCGAAGAAAAGUACUUGGCCAUUGAUUUUGCCCUUCAUUACAAAGACCAAAUCAGCUGGGACAAUUUGCCCGUUUACACAAGCCUCAUCCUUCAUGAUGAAUUCAUGUGGUGGGAUUUUGUCGAUCCCAUUGCCGUCAACCUUAUUGGCAAGGUGGCUCUUUUGGAACAAGCCAAAAUAGAACCACUGCUGAGGCAAUGGAUUGAUGACGAACAACACAUGUGGUUGCGACGAACCGCCCUGUUGGCACAACUCAAACACAAGAAGCAAACCAAGGAGGAUCUCCUGUUUGAGUUUUGUCGGAAACGAAUGCACGAAAAAGAGUUUUUCAUUCGCAAAGCCAUUGGAUGGGUCUUGCGAGAAUAUGGCAAGACGAGCCCCGAAAGUGUCGUGCAAUUCUUGCAGCAAGAAAAGGCCAACCUGAGUGGAUUGAGCUAUAGAGAGGGAUCUCGGAUUCUCAUCAAGAAUGGAUACAUGACGUAG